UUGGAAUAAACAUUUAAUUUUCUGACAUGAAGGCAUGGCAUAGCUACGAAAUCAAAGAAGUCAUGUUAUCAAAAUCUUAUAUUAACCUAGAGAUGUGAAAGUCUUAAAGUAAUCAUUUUUAUCUCCAAGUGUAAAGUUUAUCUGAUAAGUUAACUCCUGCUGUCAUUAUGUCUUAAAGAAUCCUCUUAUCUAUACUACUUUGCUUGUAAUUUUUAUCUAUAGCCAUAUAUAUCUUUCUGUGCAGUGGAACUUCACUCAUUCUGAUUUAACUUUACUAUUAUUUGAUAGCAUGAAAUAUGCUAUCAGUUAAAUGCUCUUACAGAAUUUUACUGCACAACAGGGAUUCCAGUAAUACUGUCAGAAAAUUGUAGACUGUGACUUGAUAUAUUUUAAACUCUCUCAGUGGAAAUGGCCCCUACAUUUGCAUUUGUGGUAUUCGUUUAUGAAAAUUGAGAGUUAGUGUUAACAUUUUUUUUUAAAUGAAAUUCUAAAGCCAGCUAAGCAAUGUCUGCUUCAAAUUAGAUGUAUCACAGGAAAAGUUUUUCUCAGGAAUAGUGAACACAUAUAUUUUGAAAUCGAUCUUGAUAAAUUAGGGGAAGUUGCAUAUGAUAUAUUUGAUUUUACCAGCUGGGUUAUGAAUUCAGUUACUCACCAAGUUAUAAAUUUCUGUGUUAGCAAAACUACAGAGCAAAAACUUUUUAUUGUAUUUAUUAAGUGCUCUUUUUUUAGAACAAUGAACUUCUCACUAUUCCAUGAAAAAUGUGAUUGGAUAUAUGACUGGAAUUUUAAGUUGGGUAUUAUUGGACACAAAGACUGGAAACUAACAUGGAGAAAUAGCAGCUGUCUUUUGGGGAGAUAUUGCCUUAGAUGAUGAAGACUUAAAAAUCUUUCAAAUUGACAGGACAAUUGACCUUACGCAGCACUCCAAUGAAAGACUUGGCCAUAACACAGGUGGCUUUGGAGAGCAUGGGAUGUCAAAAAAACAAAGUGCCCUCUAUCAGCUUAUAGAAAGGAUAAGAAGAUUUGGCUCUGGCUUUGAGCAAAAUAAUACAUCUAAAGGAAGAACCACAGUAAAAUUCUCAGGGAAAAAUGAAAAGAACAGAUUUCCCAGAGCUGCUACAUCACGAACAGAAAGAAUAUGGCCAGGGGGUGUCAUUCCAUAUGUAAUAGGUGGAAAUUUCACUGGCACCCAGCGCGCCAUGUUCAAACAAGCUAUGCGACACUGGGAAAAGUACACAUGUGUUACAUUUAUUGAAAGAAGUGAUGAAGAAAGCUAUAUUGUAUUUACAUACCGACCAUGUGGGUGCUGUUCUUACGUGGGUCGAAGGGGAAAUGGUCCUCAAGCUAUAUCUAUUGGCAAGAACUGUGAUAAAUUUGGCAUAGUUGUCCAUGAACUGGGUCAUGUGAUAGGUUUUUGGCAUGAACAUACACGACCAGACCGAGAUGACCAUGUCACCAUCAUUAGAGAAAACAUCCAACCAGGUCAGGAAUACAACUUCUUGAAGAUGGAGCCUGGAGAGGUGAAUUCCCUUGGGGAACCAUAUGACUUUGACAGCAUCAUGCACUAUGCUAGGAACACCUUCUCAAGGGGCAUGUUUCUGGAUACCAUUCUCCCUUCCCGUGAUGAUAAUGGUAUACGACCUGCCAUUGGCCAGCGUACCCGUCUAAGUAAAGGAGAUAUUGCACAGGCAAGAAAGCUGUAUAGAUGUCCAGCCUGUGGAGAAACACUUCAGGAAUCUACAGGCAACUUUUCUUCUCCGGGAUUUCCAAAUGGUUAUCCUUCCUACACACACUGCAUAUGGCGAAUCUCUGUGACCCCAGGGGAAAAGAUUGUUUUAAACUUCACCACGAUGGACCUGUACAAGAGCAGUCUCUGUUGGUACGACUAUAUUGAAGUAAGAGAUGGCUACUGGAGAAAAUCACCUCUGCUUGGCAGGUUUUGUGGUGACAAACUGCCAGAAGUCCUUGCGUCCUCUGACAGCAGGAUGUGGAUUGAGUUCCGCAGCAGCAGCAACUGGGUUGGAAAAGGCUUUGCAGCAGUUUACGAAGCAAUCUGUGGAGGUGAAAUCCACAAAAACGAAGGCCAGAUCCAGUCUCCCAAUUACCCCGAUGACUACAGACCAAUGAAGGAAUGCGUGUGGAAAAUAACAGUCUCUGAAAACUACAAUGUAGGAUUAACCUUUCAAGCAUUUGAGAUUGAAAGACAUGACAACUGUGCAUAUGACUACUUGGAAAUUCGAGAUGGAAUGAAUGAAAACAGCCCUUUGAUCGGUCACUUCUGUGGCUAUGACAAGCCAGAAGACAUUAGAUCUACCUCUAAUACUCUGUGGAUGAAGUUUGUUUCUGAUGGAACAGUUAACAAAGCAGGAUUUGCAGCUAACUUUUUUAAAGAGGAAGAUGAAUGUGCCAAACCUGACAAUGGUGGCUGCGAGCAGCGCUGUGUAAACACUCUUGGCAGUUACCAGUGCGCCUGUGAUCCUGGCUAUGAACUCGGUCCCGACAAAAAGAGCUGUGAAGCUGCUUGUGGAGGACUUCUGACAAAGCUAAAUGGUACUAUAACCACACCAGGGUGGCCCAAAGAAUAUCCUCCGAACAAAAACUGUGUGUGGCAGGUGGUUGCCCCAACGCAGUACCGAAUUUCAAUGAAGUUUGAGUUUUUUGAGUUAGAAGGCAACGAAGUGUGCAAAUAUGAUUAUGUGGAGAUUCGCAGUGGCCUUUCUUCUGAUUCUAAACUACAUGGUAAAUUCUGUGGUACAGAAGUGCCUGAAGUUAUCACCUCACAGUACAACAACAUGCGAAUUGAGUUCCGGUCUGACAAUACCGUGUCAAAAAAGGGCUUCAAGGCACACUUCUUUUCAGACAAGAAAACUACCUGCAAAGAGAAAAUUUUUGUUUUCGAAUCUUGCAAGGACUUGAUACAGGUCCCUUCAGGCCGAGUACGUAUUAUUCACAGACUGGUGGCCUCUGAGGGUCUCAGAGACAAGGAUGAGUGUUCGAAGGACAAUGGCGGUUGCCAGCAUGAGUGCAUCAACACAGUAGGAAGCUACGUUUGCCAGUGCCGGAAUGGAUUUGUGCUACAUGAAAACAAACAUGACUGCAAGGAGGCUGAGUGUGAACAGAAGAUCCACAGUCCCAGCGGCAUCAUUACAAGUCCCAACUGGCCUGACAAGUAUCCCAGCAGAAAAGAGUGCACCUGGGAAAUCAGUGCCACCCCUGGACAGAGGGUCAAAUUGACUUUCAAUGAAUUUGAGAUAGAACAACAUCAAGAAUGUGCCUAUGACCACUUGGAAGUGUUUGAUGGUGAAAGUGAAAAAUCGCCAAUUUUGGGACGCUUGUGUGGCAGUAAGAUACCAGAGCCCCUCAUUGCUACUGGAAACAAAAUGUUUCUCCGCUUUAUUUCUGAUGCAUCAGUUCAAAGAAAAGGCUUCCAAGCAACACACUCUACAGAGUGUGGUGGUCGGCUGAAAGCUGAAACCAAACCCAAAGAUCUGUACUCUCAUGCUCAGUUUGGUGAUAACAACUAUCCAGUUCAGGCAGACUGUGACUGGCUCCUGGUGGCAGAGCAUGGCUAUCAAGUUCAAUUAAUGUUCCAGACUUUUGAGGUUGAAGAAGAGGCAGACUGUGGUUAUGAUUACGUGGAGCUCUUUGAUGGUCAUGAUAAGACAGCGAUGAGACUUGGUCGAUUUUGUGGUUCUGGGCCACCAGAAGAAAUCUAUUCGGCAGGGGAGACUCUUUUACUUCACUUUCACACUGAUGAUACAAUCAACAAGAAAGGAUUCCAUAUACGAUACCGAAGUAUAAAAUAUCGAGAUAGUGUGCACACCAAAAAAUAACACAAGAACCUCUAUUCAUGAGGAGGAGAGUGAGAUAAAAGAGAAUGCACAGUGGAAAGGAAGUCAUGUCUUUUUUAUUUAACUGAAGUUAUUAGCACAGAUGUUUUAUUUGAGUCCAAUUGAAAUGAUGACUUAUAAGACAAGAGAAAAAAAAAAAAAUUACCUGUCCCUGUGGAAUACGCAAGAUGGUGAUGUGCAGGCUUCAUACUCAUCUGUCUCUGCAAAGCUGGUGAAAGGACUUUGCACAGUUCCAGGAGAAUAUGAAAGCUUUUGUUCAUGGCUUGACAUUAGUCAUAGAUAAGUGAACAUUCAAUCAAUUAUGUUCAGGUGAGAUGACCCUACAAAACAUUCUUCCUUUUGACAAUUGUAUGGUGUCCAGGAGGGAAAAAAAAAAAAAAAAGAAAAAGAAAAAACUCUUUCAGAUCACACACUAAAAAUACUGUCCUUAUAUCUAGUUGCUUUAACUUUGUAUCCCGCAGACAGUGUGUAUAAAGACUUGAAAGAAGAUAUGGAAUUGGAAGGUUUUCCUGCAUCGUUCUGUACUUUUUACCAAUUGGUCUAUUGUAUCAGGUUAUCAGCAUUUUGAAACUGGAAAAUCUUACUUUUGAAACGUAACUCAGAGUAUUUUGUUUUACUAAUGACUGAGAAGUCUGAACUGUUACAUUGGUCAUCAUUAGCUUGACCAAUCACUAGUUAACUGAAUUUUAACAUUGUAAGCAUCUGAAAAUGUUAGGUUUACUGGUUAAGUAAGCUAUGUCUGAUGAUGUGCUCUUAUUUUGCACUGAACGUAGAAUAUAGACUGAGAUGGAAACCUAUCAUCAAUCAAAUCUGUGUCCAUGAUAUACAGUAUCGUCUGAAACUCCUCCUACUGAAUUUUUUUUAACAGUACAUUUGGAGGCACUGCAAAGCUUUAUUUCGUUGGACCUCUUUGUUAAUGAGCUGUUUAUCUUGUUUAGCUAAUCAGAAAUGAAGCUAUAGUAUUAUCCAAGUGAGAGGUUUCCUAAAGAUUUUUUUUUCCUGAAAGAAAGAGCAUCUGUGAUGAUGAAAAAAGCAAAACGAAAGAGUGGACCCUGGAUUUGUUUCUUAUAGAGUGUGAAUUCUUAUGGUGCUAUUCUGUGAACAUUAAAAACAACAACAACAAAAAAAAUGAACAAGAAGGUUUAGACUUUUGAGCCAAUAGCUUGCAAGAAUGAAUGUUUCACUAUGCCUGGCUGAAUCUGGAGAAGGAAGGCUUUGCUGCUCUGAGGGAGGGCAGGUUGCAAUGGCAGCACUAGUCCUGUGGAACAACUACUACUAUUGCCUUAGAAUCCUCGCACACUAUCUGACAGAUCUUCCUGUGGAUGCACCUCUAAUUUGAUAAAUAAGUCAAUGACUUGGACAUAUUAGCAUAUGCUAACAGGAGUAUCUUCAAGCAAAAUCCUCAUCUGCAGAAUGAGAUCAUCUGCCUGUAAAUACACAGUGACUUGCUUUUGAUGUAGAGAUAUGUUACAUUUAGAACUGAGGUAUUCUAUGUGCUUUAGGCCAUAUGUGGCUUUAGUCAUAAUGUAUAUGCUUUAUGUAAGUAUUGUAUGUAUGACUGCUUCAGGGGAAUGAGAGGUAUUGUAUGGAUGAACGCUGAAUUGUUUCUUUAUGUGCCAAGUUCUAUCAGGACCCCAUUUGACUGUAGCAACUUUUCUUUAAAGGCUUCAUAGACAGAUAACAGGACUUCUAGCUGACAAGAACCAAGUUAAAAGUAUUAUGUUUCACUCUAUAAGAAAUACUAUUUUGAUAUCCUUUGUUGUAAGUUGCUACUCAGAUUAGCUUAGUUUCUGUUACCUUAUUAUGAACGUACAUUGGCACUAAUAAAUCUGAUCUUUUUUAUAAAAAUAAAAACCAAAUGUCUUUGGCUGCUUUAACACCUGUAUUUCUGUUUACAUCCUACCAUUUUCUUUUCCAAACAGCUUAUGUGUAUGAAACUUAAAACUGAAUGAUUUCUGUAUUUUUAUAAUGCCGAUCCGUUGUCCUUUUGUUUGGUUCAUGUUUCAGGUUAUUUGCACACGAGAUACAUUUUUUUUUUUUCAAGGUCCUUUACUACAAAAUCCAGACAGGAAACUUACUGUAGGUAUAUAUAAGAAACACCUUCUUUUAUAGGUAUAGACUAUGUAUCACAAUAACUAUGUAUUCUUAAUGUUGAUACAUAAUUUCUGUACCAUUUGCUGCACAAUUUUUUUUUUUUUAAAACAUCCUGUUAUUCAAAUUUGGCUUUUUUGUUCCCCUCAGGGUUGCUUUAACUAUCACAGAUUGUUAAAGAUCUUGUAACCAAGAUUUUUUUUUGUUGUUUAUUGGAGUGGAUUUUUUUUUGUUGAUUCUCACAGGGCCCCUGUAUGUGUGUACAAAUCCUUCUAUCAUAUGUAAAAUAGUGUCACUGGAAUAGUUGGGGAAGAAGAUUCAACUGCACAAACUGAGGGCAAGAACACCAUGUUUCCAAGACCCUAUGGAAGCUGAUUGUCUUGGAACAUACCAAAAUUUAAGUUUUGAGCACAGUGUAUUUGAGGUUAUUUUACACUGUGUAUGUAGAAGUCACAAGACGGUUGCCGUAACUUGAAUGCAAAGUUAAAUUUUAUUUCUCUAAUAGCCUGCUUGUAGAUUCCAUAUGCUUAACGGUGGUGAAAAUGAAGAAGGUGUUCUUAGUGAUUAUUUUGAUGAUCAGGAAUCAAUCUCGAUUAUGUCUUUUAAUUGACCAUGGUUUUAGUCCGUGUCUCAUGAUGCUGUAAAAAGGAGUUACUUCUGAGUUUUAGGAGGUUUCUUCUGAGGUAAUGAAAAUCACAUAUUUUGUGAACUCCUGCUUUAAUGGAGCAUGCCUUAUAAUUACCCUAACAAGAAGAAAAGAACAAAAAAAAAAAUCCUUUAUACUGGUGAAAUUGUGAAAACAACGUGGGUUCCCCAAAAUAUCUGUGAGAAAUAUUUUGACAACACAGUAUUUAAAGAUGUUACCUGUUGACUAGUCCACAAAACAAAAAAGAAAAUCCAAUGGGAUGUACUUUCAAGAUAUACAUCUACAAUGUGUUCAGUGGCAAUGCUUCCAGCAGGGUGAAGAUGGUACUUAUUUAAGUCUGUUGCAGACCAGAUUCUGUGAUCAAUGCUAUGCUCAGAUAAGAAGAAAGUUAUGUUUGUGAGAGAUUGUUUUUCUUUGCUUAGAAAAAUAAAUAAAAGCAAAACUUAUCUAAAAACGAUUCACUGGAGAAAGUCAAUUAAAAUGACUAUCUUCCAUGAGAGAUGAAGGCCCGGAGGAAGUAAAUAGGGCAAGGCUGGUGUAUGUGCAGCAGAUAACUCUGUUCUUUGCUAACCAUUUCUUAUACUCUCCAAUAUAUUUGAAUGAACUUUCCUUGUUCUUAAACACGUGAAAUGGCAAACUGAGCUCAGAAUGGGUGAAAGCCAGAUCAAAUCCUUAAUAUGGUAUUGCAGCAUUGCUUUGAGCGUAGUUCAUUUUAAGCAGCUUAAUUUUUGUAAAA